AUGCAAACUAUGUGCAAAAAGAAAAUUCUACAGGUGAGAUUUCAACAGAAGAAGAACCAAAGAAAGAAGAUGAAGAACAUAAAAAAAAAGAUGUUGAUGAAAAGAUUCGAUACAGUAAUAGAACCAGAAAGUGUUGAUGAUAAGAAUACAGCCUCCGAAUCUCCGAUUGCUGAGGCUAGUAAAGGAAAACCUCACAAGGCUAAGGGAGAAAAGAAGAAGAAGGAAGAGAAAGCAUUACCAACGGUGGUAGAAAUAGCAAUAGAAACGCCUGAUGACUCCACAGUGACACUUAAGGGAAUAUCUACUGACAGAAUAUUAGAUGUUCGAAAGCUGCUAGCAGUAAAUGUUGAGACAUGUCACGUGACAAACUACUCUUUAACGCAUGAGGUACGAGGUCCACGGUUAAAAGAUACGGUCGAAGUCGUUGCUCUAAAGCCAUGUCACUUAACGGUAGUUGAAGAGGAUUACACGGAAGAAUCCGCCGUCGCACACGUCAGACGACUCCUGGAUAUUGUGGCUUGCACCACCGCUUUCGGUGGUUCAUCUAACUCUCCCAAGAACACCUCCACUGCUGCUCCUCCUCGUUCCAAAGAAUCAGGAUCGAGCGAUGGAGAGACCGGUCAGGAUAAGAAGUCGAACGGAGAGGAUAAAUCGCCGAAGGCAGAUGUCUCGAUCAGUUCAGAUCCGUCGGAGAAAGGUGACGCUGCGGCGGAGAUCUAUCCACCGCCGAAGCUUGGACAGUUCUACGACUUCUUCUCGUUCUCUCAUCUCACUGCUCCCAUCCAAUACAUCAGGAGAUCCGCUCGUCCCUUCCUCGAAGAUAAAACCGACGACGAUUUCUUCCAAAUCGAUGUACGUGUUUCCGGUGGGAAGCCUAUGACAGUUGUUGCCUCGAGGAAAGGUUUCUAUCCGGCUGGAAAACGUAUUAUUUCAAGUCAUUCUUUGGUUGGUCUAUUGCAGCAGAUAAGCCGGAUCUUUGACAGUGCAUACAAAGCUCUUAUGAAAGCUUUCAUCGAGCACAAUAAAUUUGGGAAUCUCCCUUACGGAUUUCAAGCCAACACAUGGGUUGUACCACCAGUUGUGGCAGAUAACCCAUCUGUUUUCCCCCCACUUCCAGUAGAAGACGAAAACUGGGGAGGAAAUGGUGGUGGACAAGGAAGAGAUGGUAAACAUGAUCAUAGACAAUGGGCAAAGGAAUUCUCAAUAUUAGCAGCAAUGCCUUGUAAAACACCAGAAGAAAGGCAAAUUAGAGAUAGGAAAACUUUUCUGCUUCACAGCCUAUUUGUCGACGUAUCAGUUCUAAAAGCUGUUGCAGCCAUUAAGCAUUUUGCUGAUAGUAACAAGCUGUCCUCCUCAAAUGGUCCGAUUGAUUCCAUUUUGCAUGAGGAGAGAAUCGGAGAUUUGGUUAUUAGGAUCACAAGAGAUGUGUCUGAUGCAAGUGUAAAGUUGGAUGCUAAAUAUGAUGGGAGUCGUAUUCUAGGCUUGUCACAGGAGGAACUUGCUAAACGUAACUUGCUUAAAGGCAUAACUGCAGAUGAGAGUGCCACUGUUCAUGAUACAUCUACUUUAGGUGUAGUGGUUGUUAGACAUUGUGGUUAUACUGCCAUUGUGAAAGUUGAAGCCGAGGUGAACUGGAAUGGGAAACCGAUUCCUCAAGAUAUUGAAAUUGAGGAUCAACCUGAAGGGGGUGCCAAUGCUUUAAAUGUCAAUAGUUUAAGAAUGUUAUUGCACAAGUCGCCCGGUGCAGCUCGAGUUGAAGAUUUGCAGUGUGGUAAUGUUUUGGUGAAGAAAGUGUUGGAGAAAAGUCUGGAGAAAAUGAAGGUAGAAGAAUGUAAAGAUAGAAAAUCUAUCAGGUGGGAACUUGGAGCGUGUUGGGUGCAACAUUUACAAAACCAGGAGAAAUCUGAUUCCAAGAAAGUUGAAGAAGCUAAGGUGGAACCGGAUGUGAAGGGUUUAGGAAAGGGAUUGUUGAAAGGAAUUAAGAAAAAGUCUGAGGAUAAAAACGGAAAAACAGAGGAGGUUGACACAGUUAAUAAAUCAGAUAACAAAGAGACAGUAAAAUUGGAUGAAGAACAGGAGAUGAUGUGGCGAAAGUUGCUUCCGGAAGCAGCUUAUUUGCGUCUUAAAGAAUCAGCCACUGGUCUUCACCUCAAGUCACCUGAUGAGUUGGUUGACAUGGCGCAUAAAUUCUAUGACGAAACUGCCCUUCCUAAGUUGGUGGCUGAUUUUGGCUCUCUUGAACUUUCACCUGUUGAUGGAAGGACACUGACUGAUUUCAUGCACACAAGGGGUUUGCGUAUGUGCUCUUUAGGGCGAGUGGUUGAACUUGCAGACAAGCUUCCUCACGUGCAAUCACUAUGUAUCCAUGAAAUGAUAGUUCGAGCUUACAAACACAUCUUACAAGCAGUUAUAUCAGCAGUUGAUGAUGUAACUGAUUUAGCUUCAUCAAUAGCAUCCUGCUUAAAUGUAUUACUAGGAACACCUGACACAAGUGACUUAGAAAAUUUAAAGUGGAAUUGGGUUGAAUCGUUUCUUUCAAAGAGAUAUGCAUGUGAACAGAAAAGCGACUAUCGUGGCACUCUUCGUAAAUUUGCCAUUCUUCGAGGGCUUUCUCAUAAAGUUGGACUCGAGCUUGUUCCUAGAGACUAUGAUAUGGAUUCAGCUUACCCUUUCAAGAAGUCUGAUGUUGUAAGCAUGGUUCCUGUGUAUAAACAUGUUGCAUGCUCAUCUGCUGAUGGGCGAACACUUUUGGAGUCAUCUAAAACAUCAUUGGAUAAAGGCAAACUUGAAGAUGCUGUCAACUUUGGAACAAAGGCACUGUCUAAACUUGUAUCUGUAUGUGGGCCUUACCAUCGAAUGACAGCUGGUGCAUAUAGUCUUUUGGCUGUGGUGCUUUAUCAUACUGGUGAUUUUAAUCAGGCUACUAUCUACCAACAAAAAGCUUUGGAUAUAAAUGAGAGGGAACUUGGGCUUGAUCAUCCAGAUACAAUGAAGAGUUAUGGGGACUUGGCUGUUUUUUACUACAGGCUCCAACACACUGAGUUGGCUCUCAAGUAUGUGAAUCGGGCGUUGUAUCUGUUGCAUCUAACAUGUGGGCCAUCUCACCCGAAUACUGCUGCCACUUACAUUAAUGUAGCAAUGAUGGAAGAAGGUUUAGGAAAUGUUCAUGUUGCUCUUAGGUACCUUCAUGAGGCUCUUAAGUGUAAUAAAAGACUCCUUGGAGCCGAUCACAUACAAACUGCUGCUAGCUACCAUGCUAUAGCAAUUGCUCUUUCCUUGAUGGAAGCGUAUUCCUUGAGUGUUCAACAUGAGCAAACCACUUUACAGAUUCUUCAGGCUAAACUUGGACCUGAAGAUCUUCGUACUCAGGAUGCAGCAGCGUGGCUUGAAUACUUUGAGUCCAAAGCCCUCGAACAGCAAGAAGCUGCACGCAAUGGUACCCCAAAGCCUGAUGCCUCCAUAUCCAGCAAAGGCCAUCUAAGUGUAUCAGAUUUGUUGGAUUAUAUAGCACCAGAUGCAGAUAUGAAAGCAAGAGAAGCCCAAAAGAAACAAGCUCGUGCGAAGCUCAUGAAAGGAAAACCUGGACAGAAUGAGGAACCGUCACUCGAUGGAAUUCAAAAGGAAGAUAUCGUAUCUCCAACUCCAAGUCUUCAUAUCAGAAAGAAUUCUAGUGAUAAGGAGAACAAGUCUGAGAUCCGAAAUGAAGAUUUAAAAAAUAAGAAAACUGAAUUAGUUCAAAAAGAGGAAAUUCAAAAGGAACAAAACGGUUAUUUGGUAGAAACUGACAACUCAGAUGAAGGAUGGCAGGAAGCUUUUUCUAAAUCAGGUCGUAAAUCUUCAACCUCCAGAAGGCCAAAUCUGGCAAAAAUAAACACAAAUUUCAUAAACGGUGGUGUUUCUCAGUCAUCAAAGUACAGAUCAAAACCCACUAACUUCACAUCCCCAAAAACUAGUGAGCCAGCUGUCACCAAGAAAUCUGUUAAGACUGAGAAACCCACGACUAAGUCAAACCCAUCCAGUCCAGCUUCAAAUGAUCAGACUGUGAAACGUUCACCAGUCAUAAGCUCAAUCAGUGUCAAAGAAGCCGGAAAACUCUUUUCUUACAAAGAAGUUGCAUUAGCAGCCCCUGGCACCAUCGUGAAGGCCGUAGCUGAACAGUUACCAAAAGAAAAUUCCACAGAUGAGAUUUCAACAACAGAAGAACCAAAGAAAGAAGAUGAACAACGUAAAAAAGAUGUUGAAGAAGAAAAAAAGGAAACCCCAGAAGUUGACACAGUCAUAGAACCAGAAACCGUCGAUAACACAGAUCCAGGGGUAGAAUCAUCUGAAAUUUCAAAGGUGGAAAUAGAAACAGAGCCGAUUGCUGAGGUGGCAGAUGAAGAUGAUGACAAAACACCAAAUGAGGAAGGUAUUCAAAGUCAAAGUGAAAGUCAGAGUCAAAGUCCGAGCACGGAGACGGAAGCGGAAAGGGAAAGGGAAAGGGCAAAAGAAGCUGCGAGUAAGAAACUUUCGGCAGAAGCACCUCCGUUUAGCCCGUCUAAUAUUCCGGUUUUCGGUUCGGUUUUGAAAGAUCAUGUUGGGAUAUUACCGCCACCUGUCAACAUACCUACAAUGGUGACAGUGACACCUGUCCGUAGGAACCCUCAUCAAUCAGCAACAGCUAGGGUUCCGUAUGGCCCGCGUCUUGCGGGCGGGUACAACCGGUCGGUCAACCGGGUUCAACGUAAUAAGCCCCCCGCUUUUGAGCUUGUUGUUGAUGGAGGUCAUUUAAUUCCUCCAACAGUUAUGAACCCGCAUGCGGCUGAGUUUGUUCCGGGUCAACCCUGGGUUCCAAAUGGGUAUCCGGUUGCUCCCAAUGGGUAUCUGGUUACGUCCGGUGGGUAUCCGAUUUCUCCCAACGGGUAUCCUGUGAAUGGGUUUCCUAGUCAAAACGGGUACCCUGUAUCUCCGGUUGACUCAGUUGAGUCACCGGUUAGCUCGGUAGAUUCUCCUUCAGUUGUUACAACUCAACAAGUCUGUGUUGUUGUUGAGACCCCAACUGAACAUGUGGGGGAGAACAAAGAGGAAGUUUUGGAAAAUGUUGAGAAAAUUGGUGAAGAAAUUCAGUCUGUAACAGUUGUGGUGGAAGAAACUCAAUCUGUAAUGGAAGAAAAGGCUGCUGAAAUAGUAGAUGCCCAAUCGCCAGAGAUUGUUGAUGAGAAACCAAUAAAGAAUGGUGAGGUUGAGACCAUUGAGGUUACAAGUUAAGAAGGGUAGUUUUGUCAUAUUAAAUUUUCAAGUGGUAACAUUGCUGCUUGCUUCCAUGGGAAUAUGCUAAUGCAAAACAAUUUUGCUCAUGUGGAAAACCGAAUUUAGCUCUUCCUGAGUCUGUAUGCUGACAUACUUUGAGCGAAAAUGCCGAAUCUACCCCUUUUCUGCAUUUGAAGUUUUGCUGGAUUUUUCAAGUUCCUGAUGAGAAUCUGGUGAGUACUGUAACUUUUGUUUUUCCAGGCAUUAUUUUCUGCGUUUAAAGACUUGCGAUGAAGUUAAUAAAUGGUUCAGAGUUUCUUGAUUUAAUUGUUGAAUAAAUAUGUUAUAAGGAGUUGUUUCCUUUUUGACUUGAUGAGUUUCAUGGGUUAAUCACUUAAUCUAGAC